AUGAGUGAUCAGAAAGUUUAUGAAAAGAAUAAAAGUAAAUAAAAUUUAUAGAUUAAUUUGUUACCAUUGAUCGAAUAGGAAGGUAGUUAGCAAUUAGAAAAAAAUAAAACAGAAGAGAAAAAUGGAUAAGAUACAAAUUAUCUAAGUGUUCCUGAAGAAAAGCAAUAUGAUGAAAUUCUUAUAUUUAAAAGUGCCAUGGAAAAAGGACUUAAAUUUAAUAACUUAGAAUAAUGUUUUAGGCUCAUAUUUUCAACUAUUAAAUAGUUUAUCACUGAUUACACUUCAAAAUUAGGUUUGAGAUAAAGUGAACUAGCAAGAAACGAAUAAGCCAAUAACUGCUUGAUGGAGUACAACAAACUUAUGGAGUAUUAGUGUUAUGAUUUGAUAAGGAUAGCUCUUGAAUUUGUUCUCACAGACGAAUGUGAAAUAGGAUUUUAGCUUAAACCUACAAAAUCAAAAAAAUAUAAGAGUUAAAUGUAUAUUUCUAAGCUUAAGUAGCAUUUUAAAAAUAAAAGAAGAGGCUCUUUACAAAACCUUUUUACAAAGCUCUCCUUAGUGGAAAAAAGCAAUAAAAUAAACUACUUUGCUGAGGACUCAGAUGAAGAGGGAUUCUUUGAUGGUGUUAGUGUUUGCGAUGAUAAUUAAACAGACACCGCUAGAUCGCUGAAAAUAAAAAAUACACUAAAAAUGGAGUUUGUAGACAGUGACUUGAAUUUUUAGCAUGGAGGAGGAGUUUCAAACGCUAAAGUUAAAGAAUUUGAAGAGAAAAUAAAAGAAUUAGAAAACCUUGUAAAAAUAAGAGAUGAACAAAUAUAAGGACUAACAACAGGAUAUAUUAAAGAUUUAACUCACAUGAAAGAAAUGAUUUUUCGUAAAUAAAAUAUUGACGAAAUAGAGUUCUAUGAAGUGUAGUAUUUCGAUGGCACAUCAAAUUUAGAUGAAAAAACUAGACUAGCCCUAAACGAUAAACUCAAAACUCUUAAAUAAAAUUUUGAAAUAAAGACAAGAGAAUAUGUAAAAAAAAUUUUUUUUCUCAGCAAUGAGUAUGAGAAACUAAAAAAGUAGUAUAACUAGAUAGCUGCUAACAAGGGAGAUACAAUGGAAAUGUUUAAAAAAAUAUUUGAGUGCUAAGAAAACCCAUAUAUUUUAUGGAAGUAGAUUUAAGAAAUUAAAGGAAACAAAUUCUUUUUUGACGUAUUUGAAAGAUAGAGGCCAGAGUUUGGAAUAAAUUAUAAGGAAGUAAACUAAAUGCUAAUGAGUAAAAAGGCUUAUGAAAAAGAAUACAACUACUAUAAAGAAUAAAAUGAUGAAUCUUUGAUCAAUUUAAUUAAAAAAUGCAGCGGUUAAUUAGAUGAAAUAAGGUAAGAGUUAGAAGAGAAAGAAGAAGAACUUUUAAAAUUAAAGUCAGAGCAGAAAGAAGAUAAUUAAAAGAAAAUGGAAAGACAAAUUGCCAAUAUGAAAUCGUAUCUUGAAUAGAAGGAAUCGGAAUUGUAUACUAAGUUUGAAAGUGAUCGAAAUUAGAUUGUAAAUGAAUAUGAAGAUGCUGAUAAAUGGAGUAUUAAAUCACUCUAUUUUCGGUGGAGUUGUAUAAAUAAAAUAAUCAAGAUUAAAAAUUUGCAUGACAAUUAAGCUAUUAUCAAAUAGAUAUAGCAAAUACUUGUCAAUAACCCAUUCUAAAAUGACAUAAUUUUAAAGUAUGAAAAUAAAAUUAAAGAAAUUGAAGAAGAAAUGAAAAAGGUUACAUCUAAGUAUGAUGAUCUUAAUCUCUAGAUUAUUUAUGAAAAAAGUGAAAAAGAUGAAGCCUUGGCUGAAAAGUAAGUAAUCUAAGAGAUGUUGGACUCUUCUAACAAAAAAAUUAUUGAAUUAAAAGAAUAAAACAGAAAUAAAGAAAGUAGAAUACAAUUAUAUUAAAAUAUAUUGAGCAGCAUUUAUAAGCAUAUUGGAGUUAAAAUAGAUGAUUCGUAAUUUGAUGCUGUAAAUUUAGAUGAUGAAAAGAAAACUUCAACUAAAGAGUUUAAAAAAAAAAUGGCUAAAAUAGAUAAAACUUCUCUGAGAAGAUUAAGAGAAGAGUCUAUUAUUGGGGAAAAGAUGUUAGAUACCCAUGAAGAAAUUUUCUAAAAUUUGCCUACAUAAACUGUUGGAACAAUGACUGAUUUAAUGAAUCUCUAAAUACCAAUUGUGUAUCAGAAUUCUAUUGAGAAAUAACUUAAAUAAUCAAAAAAAGAAAUAGCUGAAUAAUUUCAAAAAUAAUUUGACACUCUUCAAAAUUAGUUUACGAAUGAGAUAAUUUAGCAAAAGAAAAGCUAUGAAGAUGAAAUUCAGAAACUCAAGUAAAAUGCUCAAAGCAGGAGUCAAUCUCGUAAAACUUCGACAAGAAAGUCAGAUUUGAUUUAAGCUGUUUAAGGUGAGUCAAAAACAAGCAUAUAAGAAUCAGAACUUGAAGAUAACAUUGCAGAUGAUUUAAAUCAAUAAGAAAUAAAAAACAUUAAUCCUGUUUUUUCUAUAGAACCUUAAAAUAAUAGAAAAUCAUUCUUCCUCUAAGCACUUACUCAGAUGGGGUUAGACAAAGAAGAUUAAGAAGCGUAGACAGAUAACGAAUUUUUAGUUAAUUAUGAAACUACAAUUGAGAAUUAAAAGAAAUAAAUUGAUAAUUGUUAAGAAGAAAAUAAUAAACUUUUAUCUUAAAUUGCUAUGCUUUAAUAAGAUCUCCAAAAAUUAAAAGAGCGUCCAAUAGUAAUUACAGAUUAAAGAUUAUAAAACACGGGUUCUUUCUUGAUGACACCUCAAAAGACUAUAAGAAGUGACCAUCAAUUAGUUGAAACAGAUGGUAGACCAUACAAUAAUAUUGCAGAUUUCAUUUAAGAGCAAGAUUACAAAGUAGAUAUGAAUAAUUAGCAAUAAUAGGAAUCUGGUUAUGCCAGCCCUGACUCAACAGAAAAUAGAUUAACAUCUUAAUUUAUUACAAAAAAAAAUAACUUAUCUAGUAAAGAAGGAAUAACUAUUAAAAGAGAUAGUUCAAAACCAAUAAAAGGCAAAAAGAAGAAAGUAUUUGAUAGACUAUUCUAAGACUCUAAAGACAAAGCUAAUCGACUCGAGCUGUUAAAAAAACAUCUUGAUUAAAUAGAGUCAUUUUAAUGGGAAGAAAUACUAACGAUGCUAAAUCUUUAUUCUAAAGAACAAGACCAAAGCAAUGAUGAAGCUUUUUAUUACUUAUAAUAAAAAAUACUUUAAGAUAAGGUAAUCCCUUAUGCUGAAAGAAACUAAGCAGCAAAUCGAGAGAAGAAUUUAAGAGAUUUUGUCCUAAACUAAUAGACAGGAAAUCUUACUUAGGAGCAAAUAUAAAAUGUGCAAAAUCAAUCAAAUUAUCUAGUUAAUAAAAUGAAUAAGAUACAAAAAACUAUUACAAGAGCAGAGUAUUUUUAUAAAAAAUCACCAGAAAGAAAUAGUUUUUAAAUAUCAUAAGAGGGUAAAUAAAAUAUUACUCGUAGGUAGUCUCUCAGCCCUAACUCUUAAAGAGAAUGUGAUGAGAAUAUAGUUACCACAUUUUAGGAAUUAAAUUAGGAGAAUUAUGAUAAAAAAAAGCAAUAUAUGGAUCACUUGUAUGAUAAUUUUAAAAAGCAUAAUAACAGGAUAAGAAGUUCGAUUAGUAAUAACACAUCAUAAGAUGAUUAGUAGAUGAAAAUAUAUUUCUUGGAUAAGAAAAAAAGACUUUCUAAUAUACCUAGAAUAACAAUAGAUGAAGCUAAAGGCCUCUCUUUCUAUGAUACUCAAAACAGAAGAAGCUUAAAUAGUGGAACAUCUCAAAGAAAAAAAUCUAUAAUUCUAAAUACUGAAGAAACAAUUACCUCAAAAAAUUCUUCUUAUAUAAAUACGUCAAACUCUAGAACUCAAUCUUAAGAGAGCCCAAGAAAUAAACUUUAUUCCCAUUUUAAAUAAAGACCUAUAAACUCUUCAUAAGAAAAUAAAAGGUUAAUUACAAAAAGGACAGUUAUAAAUACAGAGAAAGUACUCAAACAAAAAGAUGAUUAAAAAAUGGCUAAUCAAUAAAUCUCUGAAAAAUGCGAAAAAAUAAAAGAUUCUAUCAAAUUAACUAUCAAUUAAAAUAACAGUGUCUUUAUACCUGAUUCUAUAUUUUCUAUCAUGAAAGGAAAAAAUUAUCAAGGAUAGUAGUCAAAUGAAACUCCCAAUAAUUAUUAGCACAACUUGAAUCAAGAAUGA